AUGGUCGACAUGGAGAGCCACUAUCGUCCGCCGUCCCCCCUGGAGGACUCUGUGCUGGGCAGCCCGCUGUGUGGGGACCUCCUCGGAGGCAUGGAGGAUCUGAACGACAUCAACGGUGACGCCCUCAGCUCCUUGGAUAUCCCAGAAUACAAGUCCCAGUCCAGUAUUGGCUCUGGCUCUGAAGGAUCCACCGUUUUAGAUGCUCUAACCCCGGCCUCCAGCCCUUCGUCUGGAGUUUAUGGGCCGGCCACAGGGCAGGAGGAGUUCUCCUCAACCUCUCUCAACUUGGAAUGUCGCGUUUGUUCCGACCGUGCUUCUGGAUAUCACUACGGAGUUCACGCCUGUGAAGGCUGCAAGGGGUUCUUCCGCCGGACCAUCCGCCUCAAGCUGGAUUAUGACAAGUGUGAGCGCCGGUGUAAGAUACAGAAGAAGAACCGCAACAAGUGCCAAUACUGCCGCUUCCAGAAGUGCCUGUCUGUGGGCAUGUCCCAUAACGCUAUCCGUUUCGGUCGAAUGCCCCAGUCGGAGAAGCUGAAGCUGAAGGCAGAGAUCCUAACGGGGGACAGGGAGGUGGAGGACCCCAAGCAGGCCGAUCAGAAGACCCUGGCCAGGCAUAUCUAUGAGGCCUACCUGAAGAACUUCAACAUGAACAAGGCCAAAGCCCGCACCAUCCUCACUGGCAAAACCAGCACACCACCCUUUGUCAUCCACGACAUGGAGACCCUCCAGCUGGCAGAGCAGACCCUAAUGGCCAAGAUGGUGGGCACAGCUGGGGGUCAUCUGCUGGAGAAGGAGGCCGAAGUCCGCAUCUUCCACUGCUGCCAGUGCACCUCCGUUGAGACGGUCACGGAGCUGACGGAGUUCGCCAAGUCCGUCCCCGGCUUCUCCGGCCUGGACCUGAACGACCAGGUGACUCUGCUGAAGUACGGCGUGUAUGAGGCCAUGUUCGCUAUGCUCGCGUCCUGCAUGAACAAGGAUGGCCUCCUGGUGGCCUACGGGUCUGGCUUCAUCACCAGGGAGUUCCUCAAGAGUCUGAGAAGGCCUUUCAGUGACAUGAUGGAGCCCAAGUUCCAGUUCGCCAUGAAGUUCAACGGGUUGGAACUGGAUGACAGUGACCUGGCUUUAUUUGUGGCCGCUAUCAUUUGCUGUGGAGACCGCCCAGGCCUGGUCAAUGUGGUCCACAUCGAACGUAUGCAAGAGAACAUUGUUCAGGUGCUUCGGCUCCACCUGCUGGCCAACCACCCGGACCACAGCUUUCUCUUCCCCAAGCUGCUUCAGAAACUGGCCGACCUCCGUCAGCUGGUCACCGAGCAUGCUCAGUUGGUCCAGGAGAUAAAAAAGACAGAGGACACAUCGCUCCACCCUCUGCUGCAGGAGAUCUACAGGGAUAUGUACUGAAAUCCUGAGCCCACGGAUUUGAAAUGCUGAGCCUGGAAGAGAUGGUGUCUGCCAUUUUGGGGACACAGGUGUGAAAUCUCUCUGAACAAUCCCACGAUGAUAGGGUUAAACCACUAUCACCGUAGCUCAACUUUCUCAGGAGAGAGUGUUUGUGGCUUUAAGCCACAGAACAAAACAGGACUAUAAGACAGGACUACAGGACAAAACCAGACAGGAUUAGAAGACAGGACUGACAGAAUAAGACAGGACUACAAGACAAGACAGGACAAGAUUACAGGACAGAAUCGGACUACAGCACUAAUUGACUACAGUACAGGACAGUAUAGGACCGGACUACAGGACUAAAGCACUUCAGGAGCGGACUACCGGACAGGAAGGAACAGAACAGGUCUAUAGCACAGGGCUCCAGGGUAGAACAUGGCUACAGAACACUGGUCUAGACCAAUGUGGCGCCUGCACAUCCACCAGCCACAGGAACCUGUAAGGCUGUAUCACAUGUGAGGAAUGAAGCUGCGAUGUGGAGCAGAACUGAUGCCCUCAAUCCCACGGAGAUGCAGCUCCCAUAGAGAUAAUGUGUGAGGCCCAGUGUAAACUCCUCAGCUCGUCAGCAGAUCAAAUAAUCAACUACUCGUUCUGGGUAACUAUGAUUCAGUCAGACUAUAAGCACCAGGAUCAUGGUUCAGUGUGGAGGAUAGGCACAUCUCUUCCAGGGUCCUGGAUCAAGAAUAGCACCGUGUGUUGUCUGAACCACCACUCCAGCAGUAUCUCUUUAACUACGUCAUCUUGUACCGCACUUCAGAGAACGUGAUAAGGACGCACAACCAUUUUGCAGUACAGACGCCCAAGUGAAUUCUUAGCCGACUGCAGAGUUAAGAUGUUCAGAAAAGGUAGCUUUGUAGCAACUAGCCAUGCCGCCGCAGUGAGAUGUUUGGGAAUGCAUGGUCAAUGGGGUCCUGGUUAGGGUGUCCUGUCAGAUGUGGAUGCAGUGUUUCAGAAAUCCAACCCGAAAAGACAUUUAAGCCUUACAGAUUGCUUCAUUCAUUUUGGGAAAGGUCUCCUGUGCCUUUUCAAGCAUUUACUCCUACUUAGGUUUUAACAAAUCGUGUUUUUCCUAAAGGCGGAUUCCUCCGAAAAAAACACCUGUGGUUAAUUAAACUUACAGUCUAGCGUUGUCAUCCGCUAAUGUUAUGAGAUAUGAGGCUGCAGAGUUUCAGAAUGUACUGCCCUCCUCCUUUUACAGUGUUUAGUCGUUUGUUCUCUCAGAACCACAGCCUCAGUUGGAGGGACAGUUUUGGCCUUAACAGAAGCUUUCAGUAUUCAAACAUCAGUUACUCAUCAGUAUGUGUACAGAGACGGAUUCACCAUGUGCUGUGUAGGGACGUUUUUUUCCACAUACCUUACCAUUCAUGUCAUUCCCCUCUUCUAUCCUGACCAAACUCCACCCUGGAAAUGUUGAUGUUCUUUCUAUUAAUUUCAUAAAACCAAUGUGAAGCUCAGUGAACCAGAUAUUUCUGUACUAUUUCUCACAAGGACAAAUGAACUACAAUGUCAAUGGUGUUUCCCCGACUCUUUAGAACCAGCUCCUUCAGGACAUAUGUUUGUACGCAGUUUGAUUUCACUCAUAGGAAUGAUUCAGAAAUGACCACAGUCAGAGAUUCACUGCAUCCACAAUGCAACACUGACUUGAGUCUCUUUUAUAUGUAAAACUGUACCUCUGUUAUUAUGCCUGUUUUACAAACACAAUUAUUUGGCACUCCAUCUUGUAUUGUAUUAUGUUAUUAUAUCUGAUAAUACAUUGAACCACCUUAACACAUGCAGAUUUGCCACAUUUAAACUUUAAAAUAUGCAGAUUUACCACAUUUAAACAUUAACACAUGCAUAUUUGCCACAUUUAAACCUAAACAUUUGCAGAUUCACCACAUUUAAACCAUACCACAUGCAGAUUUCACCACAGUUAAACCUCAACACAUGCAAACUUACCACAUUUAAAUAGAUCUUUUCAAUACAGUGUGUUCUUUUACUCUCUCAUAUCACUCUGCCGCCAUUACAUAUCUGACUCAAUCUUAAUCUCUUCAUCAUCCCCUUUUAUCAGACCCAUUGUUCUCUCUCUUUCUCUAUUGCUGUCUCUCGCUCUUGUUCUUUCUCACUGUAAUCGUAGUGUCUGCUUCCUUUGGUUUGGCAUGGUCAACUUCUUGCUUGCUUCAUAGAUUAGGGUUCAAUUGUACAACACAAUUAUACAAAAUAUCUUGCAUUGAUGAUGGAUUCAUUUUGUUUUGUAUUUAGAAUAGAAGAACAAACAUAAUGUGACUGAUUUAAGAUGGAAUGUCAACUACCCAGUUCUGUGUUCCUUUUUGCUUUUUCUGUGAUUUCAAGUAUGCUUGGAAAACAGGUUACACAUGGACUUCAGUUGUUUAGACAUUAAUACAUUAAACUAGACAUCAAUCCAUCACAAACCUGCUGGGGAAGGUGCAAGGACAGAAUUCCAUAUCCAUUCAUGUUUGUCUGGUGGAAAGGACACGUAUGUGUAUUUUCCGUGAGGACGUUUUUUUUUUUUGUUCUUUUAUUUACCAAAUUGUCAUCUGAAUACACUAAUCAAGGAUUUGGUUUUUGUAUUGGACCUAAAUUCACUCGCUGUAACGCAUCGUUUUACCCGGAGGUAUACAAGAUACUAAUUAUUAAUGGAUAUUUCUCUGUCUGUUAAAAAUGUUUCAAUAUUUUAAAUUGUACAGAAAUGUGGGUACGUGUUUGCUUAAGUGCUACCCAAUUUGACAAUGUUAUAAUUGAGUUAGAUCAUAUUUUUUUACAAACGCUAACGUAUGUUGUAUCUAUUGACUAUCUGCAAAUUGUUUAGUUGAGUAAAUAGGUUGAAGAGUGGAAUGUAAAUAGAAUAACUAGGAGUAAGUGGUGAUGGAACCAUGGAUUUGAUUCCCGAUGGGGACAUUCCUUUUGUUAAUUAAAAACAUAGAGAGAGAGUUACCAUGCUGUGUAUGUGCUGUACUUAGUUGUAGGGAUACUAAAAGCACUCAUAGCAAAUAUCAAGACUUGACUGCAAGACCUGUUAUGGGUUACUGGCACUAUAUUUUCACUAUGGUAGUUUUGAAUUGACCAGACAUUAGUAAAUAAUUGGUGUUAAGACUAGCAAUAAGCUAUCUUGAUACAGAUCAUACAAUACUGAAGGAAUGUUCUGGAUUCACCACAUAAAUGGUAUUUGACUACUUCACCCUGUACUUUAAGCCAAACUGUUUGAUGGCACUAUGAUAUUAUUUCUGUGGUCUGAAUACGCACUCGUAACUUGUCCACUUGAACAGCUAAAUGCAGUAAAAGCAAAAAGAUGCUGGAAUAAGUAUAUUGGUUACUAGAAAAUGUGUGAUUCCAACCCUGGAUGCUGAUUGGCUGAAAGCCAUGUUAUAUUAGACCACACAACACAGGGACAACAAAACAUUACUUUUUGGCAAUAAGGAACCUCAGGGGGUUGUGGUAUGUGCAAAUAUAACCCACCCCUUGUGCCUUGUUGCUUAACUAACAUGCUCCCAUUGUCUCAAGCUUUUUGCUUGCUUUCCUCCUCGCUGCUACGUUCUGAUUGACUUAACCAUAAUCAUGCCAUAUGUUAGAUCACAGAGUUUUAAGCUGCAUGUAAUGGCAGAUUUACAGACCUCCAUAGAAUUCUGCCUCUACCUAUCACCUGGGAUUUAGAUUCUACACACCACUUGUGCCUUAACCCAUGCCAUAAAACAUUAGAAACCAUAAAGUGAAACCCUACAGAUCCACACCGUUUUGCAAAGUUCUGUGCUGGGAUGUCAAACAAAAUAAAACUGUAGAAAGACUGGAUAUGACAUCAUGACACAGUUAGGGGCACUGUCUGAGUAGUGAUACUGUAGGCAGACACAUCAUUGUUUAAUCUGUCGACUAUAGCGACUGUUUGAAAUGACAUUUGUCCACAUUAGAGGUCCCUCUCUUGCAAUAGUAAAAAUACUGGCAGUGUCAUACAAUAUAUAGGUUCUGAAUCUAGAGCUGAAAUACAGAGGAGAAAUCAAGUCAUUGGUAAACUGAUAGCCUUAGGGAUGUAUAUUGUUUCGUGUUGAAUUGACAAGGGACAUUUGACAUGUAUCAGGGAAAAUGUUGUCUUCCUUAGUUUAUACUAGCUCAGGACAUAGCAAGGUACUGUUCUCCCUUUUUCCUCUUUUUCCAGUGAUUUUAUAGUGCUCUAUCAUACAGCACACAAUAAUGAUAGUAAUAAAUAAUACCAUUUUAGAAAUUAUAAGGGCAGCAUAUACAGGAAUAAGAUUUUUAUUUUGUAGUAAUUUUCUAAUGUCAUGGAGGUGAUGCAGUGGUUUUGUGGCUAGUGUCAAAGGCUGGAAAAAGUCUCUGGAUGUUUUGUUGAUGUAUGCUGUUGCUUGGUAACAAUACUGUAAAUGUUGACGAAUGUACUGUAUAUCUAGUCAUUUAAACAAUAAACAAGUUCACUUUGAAAUGAUUUCAAAAUAAAUUACUUUGAAAUCAAA